AUGGGAGAAUUAGUUCUGCAAGAUUAUCCUGAUUUAACAGAGAUUAAUUUAGCUAAUCACCAAUUAACUGCUUUAUCAAUUAAUAAUUGUCCUAAUUUGAAAAUAAUUAAUCUGCGCAAUAAUCAAUUAACUAAAUUAGAAUUAAAUACUCCUAAUUUGGAAGAAAUUAUUGCCGGGCAAAAUGAAUUAACUACUUUAGAUUUAACUAAUUGUCAACAAUUAAAAAAUAUUAUUAAUACUUUGGUUAAUCUAAAUCAAAAUUUUGAAGAACUUAAGGAAGAAAAUAAAGGGUUAAUGGAAAUUGUUAAGGUAGUGAAAGAAGGAGCGGAAGAAAAAGGUUUAGUAAUUACCGAAGCCAUUCAAACUAAAGCUCGAACUAGUGGAGAUUACCAAAAAUUAAUUCAUCAAUGGAAUCAGGGCGAAGAUUAUAAUGCAGAAUAUGAUUUUGAUGGUAGUUUAGACCGAUUAAUGCAAUUAUUAAGAGUUAGAAAUUAUUUAAGGGAAAAGGAAAAUAAACAAAUUACUAAAAGUUUACUAGCAAAAGUAGUAGAAGCUAAUUUACCGAAAGAGAGAAUUGAAGAAAAAUUAGGCAAAAUCAAAUUAGCCCGCUUAAAAGAAUUAGAGAGAAAAUUAGUUGAUCACGAAGAAAUUAAAGAAGAAUUAAAAGAACAAAUUAAGGAUUUAGAAACUGAAUUUAGCGAGUUUAAACAAAAGUCAGCAGAAGAAAAACAAGAGUUAGAGAAUAAGUAUAAUUUGGCUGAUGGUGAAUUAAAAAAGUGGCAAUUGGAAUUUAACCAACAAAGUUCUGAACAAAUUAAGCAAAAGUUAUCGGAAAUGGAAAAUAAGAGUAAAUCAGAUAGUGAAGCAUUCCAAAAAGAGCAAGCGAUAGUUACUAAUUUGAGAGAAAAAAACCACCAACUAUGGUUUGCUAUUAAUAAUUAUUUGAAAGCAACCCGAACUAAAAAAUAUGCUUUAAUGAAACCAGUUCUUACUAUUAAGCAAGCUCGGGAAUUCAUCGUUGAUUUAUUAAUCGAAACUGAAAAAACCUGA